CGUAGUCAAAACUCAAAAGUUUAUGAGCUAAACGUAUUGAUUACUCUAUUUUAUAUGUAUAAAAAACCCAAUAAAUAUCGGGUAAAGUCUUAAAUGUACAAUAAUUAUGUCCAAAUCUCAUAAAUCAUUUCCUCAAACAUGUUGUGAAAGAUAUCAAAGACAUUUAUGUGCUUUCGCUAAAACUGACAAAAAUUAUGUCACAGGUAUCCCUAAGAAAAAUAUUUGUUCAAGUAGUGAAAAAAGUUGUCCAACGGGUACGAUUAAUCAUAAUAAAAACAGCAGGAUAACGACACCCAAGAAAACAACGAAAUCUCAACUAAAUUUUAGUCAAAUUUUGACGGAAAAUUUUGAUUAUUGCAAAACAUGCGGCGAUGUGGCUUCGAACUCAGACAAUAGGACGUUUUCAAGAGCUAAAAUCACCAGAAGUCUGUUACAAGACUCUUACAUUGUCCCGUUAAAUAAAGUAAAUAAAUCACCGACAAAAAAAAAUUCUAACAAUCAUAACAACCAAUUACAACAAUUUUAUAGAAAUGAAAAUUUUAAACAAUCAACUCAUUCAUUUAGUGCUACUGAUAAUAUAAAAAAAAUAUCUCUGAAUACAAUUUUGGAACAGUCUGAAAAUAAAUCACAGGUGGACACAGAAAAUAAUAUUUACGAAAUAUACCCGGAUUCUGAUGAAGAAAUAGGAUUUAUGAAUUGUGACAAUAAUUUUAAAAAUAUCAAGGAAUUUAGAAAUCAAAAUUAUUUUGAAUGCCAUUCAGCUAAAUCAAGAGUAAAUUCAAAAUCCAAUGUUAACAGCUUAAAACAUAAAUGUAUAUAUAGAUUUCACUUAAAUGAAAGAUUAUUUCCAGUCCCUCUUAAUACAGACCACCAAAACAAUAUUCGUUGUGUCGAAUGCUAUUUGCCUAUGGACAAAAAUAUACACGAUACAAAAAUUAAUGGAAUGAUACAAGCUAAAAUUAAGAUAAAUAAUGAAGUGCAAGACAUGCUUUUAAUGUUACCGGUUAAUGAUUCUCUAGUUGUCGAACAAAGGAGUAAGAUGCAAAAUGUCGAGGAUGAAAGUAUAUACUUUGGUAUAAUAAAAUUAGAUUUAAACGGAGAUUCAAUUUUCAAUCGAACACUACCGGAAGAUUCUUUAGCAUUAAGAUAUCAAAAGGGUUAUAAAGAAUUAUCUAGAGACCAAAAAUACACAUAUGAAAGUGUUGGGGAAAAUGAUGUCAUUAUUAUUUAAAUGCUUAUUGAAAAACAUAAUACAAUGUUUUGAUCUUAUCAAUCUAUUAUAAACACUAACUUUUUUACUAUAUAAUAAAAAAAUAUUACUUGUCUAUGGAAUC